AUCUCUACAGAUGUUGCUGUCUCAGGUUACGCCCACCCUGUUUCUCAGUGGGGCCGACGCCCCCCUCAACAGCACUUUGAUGUCACAGAAGAGGAUCACCUUGAUUGUCAAUGCCACGCUGAGUCAUGCCUUCCCCGCAUACCCAGGUGUUGAGUGUCUGCGCGUCCCUGUCUGCGACCUGCCCAGCGGACGGCUCGGAGUCCAUUUCGACCGCGUGGCUGAACGUAUCCAUGGAAACCACGCAGGAGGCACGCUGGUGCACUGUGCCGCUGGGAUGAGCCGCUCUCCGGCUUUGGUCAUGGCGUACCUGAUGCGGUACAGGGGAGUGACGCUGUGCCAGGCUCACCGCUGGGUCCAGGAGAGCCGACCCUUCAUCCGGCUGAACUUGGGCUUCUGGGAGGAGCUGCUGCAGUAUGAGAGGAGGCUGUACGGCCGCAACACUGUCAGGGUGGAGACACACAGGGUAGGGUUAAAAAAGGUGGAGCCAAGUAUGGUGGUACCUGUAAAGACGGAGCUGACCCGGAAUGUUGUCGCUCUGCAGAGCAGCUGGUUAAUGUCUGAACCGAGGUCACCUGGGGUGACCCACACUCCCCUGAUGUCACGCUCCCAGCUGAUGAUGUCAGCAAAUAAAUCAAGAAGAGGAUUACCAAGAAGCGACAGAACAUACAAACAGGUGUGAAGGGGUGGACAGGUGUUGAGCAGGUCACGACAGAGGUGACGGAGUUGACCUCGCCAGCUGUCUAAAGGUCAUCAGUUUGGGACAGGAACACAGAUGCUGUUUGGUUGUUGUUGAGAACAGCUGAUGUCAGCAUGUUCUCCCUGGAGAUACUGGAGCAAAAUCAAUGGCAGGAAGUCUGUACAAAUGUUCUGAUUAAAUCUCAGCUCAAAUGCCUGUUUUCUGACUCAGCUGUUAGGAAACUUGCUCACUCUUUACCAAUAAAUCAUUUUCCAUCA